AAACGACAGUGGCAAAGGACAGAAGGAUGGCGGGGCGAAGAGUGAGGCAGCAGCCUCAAGGACCACCAACAACAGCAGCACCAGCACUCGCCGGCGCACCACACACUGCACUGCGACGCAUCACCACGGAAUGGGAGGCGUUUGCGAGGGCGGGCCCACUCGCCAAGCUGGAGUCGCUGGGCAACAUGCAACAAAUCAUCAACGAGUACCCUUCCCCAGCAGUCAUCACCACCUUCAUGCUUCGCAUCGCCGACUUUUACCCUCGCACAGGGGACGUUGUCCUCAAGUGGGAGCUGUAUCAGAUGUUGAAGCGCUGCCGCGCUGCCUUUGAUCAUCUCCGAUCAAAGAAAGAGAUCUUCCAGCGGCUGCAGCGCGCGUUUCUCAGCAACGACACAACAGAUCGCAUCAUCACCCUGCGGCUGUUUGCGCUGCUGGCUCCGCAGUUUGCGGAGUUCACGGAACUGCACGCCCACAUCACGCGUGCACUCGGCAGUGAGGAGGAGACAGAGGCCCUGGCAGCAGCAAAGACAGCCGCCAUCUACUGCCGAUACAGCCCGCACUUUUGUCGAGAGGCGUUCGCUGCGGCUGCCGAGACGAUGGACGACCUUGGUGCAACGCCUGCCGUGCGGGUUGCGGCACUGGCUCUGCUUCGCUCCACCGCAACUGUCGCCGAUCUUGUCCCCGCCAGCCUCGACGUCUGCUGGCACUGCAUCCACUCGGCCCUCCCAACGAAUCUGAUUGAGCCGCUCUUCACGACCAUUGAGCAUCUGGUGCUUCGCGCCAGCAACGACACGCACGCGCACAUCCAUCGCCUCCUCUCGAUCGCAUGCAGCCCCAACGACGGCACCAGCAGCAGCAAGCACACUGACGACAAUGUCCACCACUCCAACGACGACGACUCCAACGACGACGACGACCACCACCACCACCACCACACGGCAGCGGUGGCAGCGCGUGCACUGCGGGCGCUGCAGCGAAUUUCGCCUGCGCUGGGCCACACCUUUGACUUGGACGCAGCAGCACGCGUGCUCGACCUUGUGCCGCGAGUGGGCGAUGAUGAUGGCAGCAGGGACGGCGCUGAUAGGGGUGAUGGUAGUGAGGGUGAUGAAGGGGCUGGUGAAGGUUUGUCAUUGAUGAUGCGAGGCAGCAGGGCCGGCCCAGCGCUGGAUGUAUUUGCAGACGUGAUGAAUGCAGCUGCGUUUGACGUUCCCACCAGCUUACAGCUGCGCGCAUUGGAUCAGGUCAUAGCCAUGUCCCUGUGUGCGUCUGAUGUACACACACCGCUGGCAGCAGCGCGCGUGCUGCUCGCCAUUGCACAACUCCAAGACCUGCGCCAUGCUGAUGCUGAUGCUGAUGCUGAUGCUGACGGCGAUGAUGACGUCGCGAUGGACACACGUGCAGAUGCAAAUGGAGGUGGUGCGGUGCUGCCGUCACGGCUGGAGCUGCAGCAGCUGGCGGUCGAGAGCACAGCGCUCACUGUCGACGCCAUUCGUGCGUACACACGUCAACGGCAGUGCAGUGUCACCACCACCAACAACAGCUGUAACAGCAACAGCAACAUCACCGGCAACAGCGAUGACAAUGACGAUGCCCGUAUGGGUGACAGGGACGACGACCAUGAGGAAGGGACGGAGCGAGCGCUUCGGGGCGCCAUUGCUGUUGUUUGUCAGCUGUGCGAGGAUGUGACCGAUACUGCCGCUCCCGCUGCAACACAAGCGACCGCAAUGUGUGAUGCACAGGGCACAGGUGUGGUGGACUUGGUCUCUCUGGCCAGCGCCACCGCUGGGUGGUUCAGCGACGCGUGUCGGGUGCACAGUGCAACAGAACACGCACGAGCGAGCAGACGGGGCCAUUCCAAGGAUGAGCGACAGCGGCACCGACAGCAGCGGCACACGCGACUGUUUGCCUCCCUGUGGUUGUCUCUCCUUCGGUUUGCUGCAGGCGUGCCUCACGUGCGCUUGGAGCAAGCAACGCUGACGCACCUGAGCGCGCUUCUGCCGUCAGAUGACAAAGGACAGGACAACAGCGUGACGGCGGUGUCUUGUGACGUGCUUUCGUCGCUCAUCCGUGUGCAUGCGCUCGCGGGCACAACGGCAACUGUCAAGGUGCUGUGUAGCGCUGGCACCAGCAGCGACCACGACCCAACGCCGGCCCUCACACAGCUACAGGAGAGAAUACAACGCAGAAUUGCAGCAACAGUGGCCACACCCUGGGUGGCAUCAACUGCUUCGUCGCUGUCAGAAACACCCGCGAUACACCUGUCAACCGUGUCGCCAUCACAGCAGUCAUCAUUGGCACCCUCGCCGCCACCACCAUUGCCGCACUUUGUUCUGAACUCUUCCUGGUCCCUGUACGUGUGCGCGAGACAAGCAGCGGUGCAGGGCCAGCAUGCUACCGCGCACGCCCUCUUCCAACGCGUGCGGAUGCAUUUGCUGCACUGCAACAGGUACAGCGAUGACAACGAUGAUGAAAAUGACAACGACGACGACGACGAUGCUGCUGCUGGCGUUGACGACCAACCAGAACAACAACAGCAGCAGGAGAACAAAGAGGCUACCACGGCGGCACGUGAAGUUGCCGCUGACAAGAGGGUAAGCUUGGACGAUGGCGGUGUGCGCGACACAAACACCACCUACGACGGCUGGCUGUCGUUUCUUUCCGCCGUGUUUGAAGCCGAAGCACAGGCCCAGGUUGCCAAUGCGACGAGCACCCACGCCCAGCGGGUGUCGGCGGAGCAGGCGGCAUCGCUGCAGCUUGCAGCAACGCGUCUCAACACAUGCAGCAGUCUCUUGCCAACAGCGCUCCACCCGCAUGCGGGCUCUUUUCUCCGCGGCUUCCUCGGCUUUCGCAGAGGGUUCUUGGAGUUUUCAUCACAGCUGUGCACGCUACACGAAGACGCUGCACAGCAGGAGCUGUGCGUGCUGGACGAGGAUGCGCAGGAGCUGCGACGACAGGUGGUUGCAUUGGCAGAAGCCACCUUCAACCUUGAUCCGACAUCACAGGCCGUCCUGCACUACAGCAAGCUCUUGCUCGACAUGGCAAUUCACGCCCUCGCAACGCGUCAGCGCGGUGACGGCAGCGGUACGUGUGUUUUUGACGCGCGUGCGCUUGAGGGAUGCCUCGCCCUCAUUCACCCGCUUCCGUCCGCCGCAGCCAUUGCACACUUCAUCUCCUCCCUGCACCGCCUCCCCGCCCCAGAGGCGAUGCGACGUAUUGUUCGCUUCUGCGUAUGUGUACCGUUCCCGUACCCGCCUUCGUUCUUCCGCGCAGAGCCAGAUCUCUCCCUCGAGUUGUACUUCACGCCGCGGUGCGACGCGGGCAACGUGAUCCGGGUGCUCCACCGCGACAGCCUCAUGCUGCGCAUGCAGGGCGUCUUCAGACCGCCGCCCGUCAACCGCAGGAAACGGAGCGCCAUCACGUGUGCACGCCUGCGCGUCUCCUGCCAGUCAACAAAGCAGCCCAGCACCAGCAAACCAGGAGCACCGUCAUCAUCGUCAUCGUCGUUGUCAACAGCUGUGCACGAGGCCCUGAUGGAUGUAACCAGCAGCCAUUUCUUCGAGACACAGCUCCACAUUCCGUUCAGAGGGAGUGUGGAUAUGACUGCACACGUGUUCUUGGAGGACGCACAAGGAGAUACACUGUACAAGAGCCAACCGUACUUCUUCAAAGCCGUGGACGCUGGGCAGAAGCGCCAGCCAUGAAUGAUAUCCCCUUCACGUGUUCGCCCAUGUUGUGUGUCACGCACGGCAACUCGACGGUGCUGUACGGAGGGUAGUUGCAGGAGGACAUGUGCCGCAGUGCGUGAUGCUUGAGGUGGUGGUGUUGUGUCGAUGAUAGCUGCGUGGUGUUCCAUUGCGUGCUUUCUUGCCUCCUGCCUUGCUCGCCUGCCUUCCCCCAGUUGACUCAACACGCUCUUCCCUUCUCUUCGUGUGAAGGUUCAAUGUCUGUGUAUUGAUGGCAAACAGGCAAGCCACUCAAGCCAGAGGGCGAGCGAGGGUUGUCUGUGCAGCACUACUAAAACAAGCUUGUGUA